AUGUUGUUAAGUAUAAAAAGUAUCUUAUGGAUGUACUCCACAUUAGUUAUAACAUAUAUGCUACCUAAAGUUAAAGCAGAAAAGAAAACCCUGGUGAAGGGAUCCCUCUCUGGAACGUCAGUCCUGCCGUGCUUCUUUUCCACCACACCCACUAUCGCCUCUAGCUAUGCGGCUGAGUACCUUCGAAUCAAAUGGUCAAAGGUGGAACUGGAUAAAAGCGGGAAAGAUGCAAGAGAAACCACAGUCCUGGUGGCCCAAAACGGCAACAUCAAGAUCGGCCAGAGCUACAAGGACAGGGUGUGGGUGCCGGCGCAGGCGGAGGAGAGCGGGGACGCCUCGCUGACGCUCUCCAGGCUGCGGGCCAGCGACGCGGGCGUGUACCGCUGCGACGUCAUGUACGGCGUCGAGGACACGCAGGGCCUCGUGUCCCUGGCUGUGGAGGGUGUUGUGUUUCACUAUCGUGCAGCAACCAGCAGGUAUACUCUGAAUUUUACACAAGCUCAGCAAACUUGUCUGGACAACGGUGCUGUCAUAGCAAGCCCAGAACAACUGAAAGCAGCCUAUGAAGAUGGAUUUGAGCAAUGUGAUGCUGGCUGGUUGUCUGAUCAGACCGUUAGGUAUCCAAUUAGACACCCAAGAAUUGGCUGCUUUGGAGAUAAAAUGGGAAAGAAAGGAGUCAGAACAUAUGGGCGCCGUUUUCCUAAUGAAACUUAUGAUGUGUACUGCUAUGUGGAACAUAUGGAAGAUGAAGUGGUCCACGUCACAGUCCCCGAGAAGCUCACCUUCGAGGAAGCCCAGGAGCUGUGUCGGCAGCGGGACGGGGUCCUGGCCUCUGUGGGGAACAUGUACGUCGCCUGGAGGCGCGGCUUCGACCAGUGCGACUACGGCUGGCUGGCGGACGGCAGCGUCCGCUACCCGGCCUCCGUGGCACGGCCCCAGUGUGGUGGAGGUUUACUUGGGGUGAGAACCCUGUAUCGCUAUGAGAACCAAACAGGCUUUCCUUACCCAGAUAGCAAGUUUGAUGCCUACUGCUAUGAACGUAAAAAGAUCGUAUCAGAGCCUACAACUGUUAAGCUGAUUACAUCUCUGAAAACUGACAGUGUGAAGUUGUCGCCUGCUAAAGUUACUCCUAAACCUCCUGUUUUUGAGACUUCGGUUACUGAAGCGGCUGUCACCAAAACAGAGGUUCCUGCUUUGGAGGAAACAACCUUAGAGACUAAAGAAGAUACAGCAAUGACUACUGAUGUGGCUGAGGAAAAAAGGGAACUGGAGGUGCUCAUGGAGAAUAUUAAGUUAACCACCCUUCUACCUCAGACUGUGACAGAUGGCGAAAUAAGCACUUAUGAUACACUGGGAAGGACUGAAUAUGAUGUUUCACCUAGGUUAACAGAGAGCACAUCUGCAGCUUUGGAACUGGACCACACUUACUCAGAAGCAGAAUUGUCCGAGGAUCAAGGUAGGUCUGAAAGCAUUGAGGACGCUUUCUUGACCUCUGUAAUUUUUCAGGAUAGCACAGCUGUAGCUAAGAGUUCCACUGGUUUAUGGGAAGAUACUGAAACAGGAGAUGCACACAAACAUGAUGCUGAUAAUCAGACUGAACAAAUAGAAGUGGGUCCUAUGAUGACAGCUACAGAUAGCUUGCGGCCAGCUUCUCAGAGAGAGUUUCCCAGGACAGGGGAUUCAGUUUCACUAACAAAAGAGAAUGUGUAUCUUGGUGCCCACUCAACAAAAGAACCCACAAAAAAGUCAAUGGAGGCAAAAUCUGACAAGAAACUUACAACUGUUUUAAUCCCUAAAGCUUUAUUCACUGAUCAGUAUGAUCUUACUACAGAGGGGGAGGGCAGCGAGAGCAUGUACACCGUUAUGCCUGGUAGAGUUUCUGGUCAUGCCCCAGACCCAGACAUCCCUGCUGCAUCAGAGACACUCGUAGACGAGCAUGCAGCGACCACUGGACAGCUGUCUACAGCAGAGGAGUCAACUCCAUUUGUUAAAUUUAGUUCUGCCAUGGUGUUUGAUAAUGAGGUGUCAGCUGAAGGAAGCAGAGAAGAUCUGAGAGAUGUGCAGCCUACCGUGUCAGCUGGAAUACCUGUAUCCUUUUCUGUAUCAGCUGUUGAUCAAACAGGAUUGGAGGCUAUUAAUCCCUCAGGAAGUACCAUUUCCCCAGAAAACUUUGGAGAAGACACCACAUCUGUUAUCCACUCAUCUCAGCAAGUGGAAGGAUCAGCUAUCUUAGAGGAGCAGGAAAAACCAAAGGAGCCAGAAACAAGAACAAUGGAUGUUAAAAUCCCUCAUGCUACAACCGUCAUUCCUACUAGUGUUACAGCAGGAUCCAAGGGACCUUCUGCAAGUGAGAAGUUCACACAGGCUCCUCCAGCUUUUGGCAUGUGGCUGCCAACAGAUAAAGAUCAGGGGUAUAUGACAGAAGAGUCAUCUCACACUGAGUUAGAUACAGAAGAUGGUAUCUCUGGAAUGGAGCCUACAUCAUCUCCAGGGCAAAUUACAAAACAUACAAAGCAUCCAGGAGCUAUGAUUUCAGCAGUUACAGAUGAAAUAGAGGCAAGCAAGGAGCCAGCAGAAAGUGAUGAAGAAGCUGUAUCUGAUUUCAAUCAGAGUAAAUACACUACAAGUGUCUCCCAUACAAGCAGCUCUUUGGAUUUGGAAAUGAGCACAGUAUCCCAAAUACCAGUGGAUGCAAGUAGUGCCACAAUGAAGUCUUUUAGCUCUUCAGGUGUUAUGGUGCUACCAACUGCUAUGCCCACAGUCACAGGGGUAGCUGAACAUGAAGGAGAUGAAACAUCAGGAUACGUUUUGACAGUGUCUGUUACCCCAGAAGCUGAAGAAAGAGAGGCUACUGAGACACCAGUAGCAACGCCUGCUGAAGAAGUGUCUACUGAAAUGGACAUCUCAAACUACACAGUGACAGAAGAAGGCCAGACAAGCAUUGUCACAUCAGCUGAGGAGGAGUCAGCAGCAGCACUUCAAGAUGCAAAACAAACACCAUCAGUUGGCUUUGGAGGGACAAAGGAAUCUGUUAUAUUUACAGAUGUGAUGAAGAUAAAUACUACAGUUCCACAGAAAGAACACGAUUCUUCCCUAGUUCCAGUUAUGGUAGAGAGUGAGGUCACUAGAGAUAUGCCAGUUACUGGUCAGACUCCUUUUGAUGGUACCUUUCAUACAGAAGCAAGAGAAACAACUGCAAAACAUAGUGAGGUGUUCCCAGAGGAAUCCUCCACGAAAGGUCAAGACAAGGAACCAGGUACUGCCACACAGUCUGCCUUACCUGUGACAUCUCUCCAGACACGUGAACAGAAGGUGACAUCAGGAUCUGAAUCGUCUCAGACAGCUAUUCAGGAAAAACAGGAUGAGACAGGUUCAGCAUACGAUGAGACUUACCCAGCAACAGAAGUAUCAGUGCCUGUAGUGAAGAUUACAGAUUAUGGAAGAGUUCUGGGACCUCAUGAAACUAGCACCAGGGCCUUGCAUCUCACAGUGACUCCGAAAGCUGAAACAGCUACUGAUCAAGAAGAGAAGGUCACUGAAGUGAUGUCUGUAACUGUGGGUACCCAAGCAAAAGCAUAUGAAAGCAAAGGAACCCCCACCAGUGAAGAUGACACUCAUGUAGUGAGCUGGGAGUCUGUGUUGCCCCCCGGUACAGUGCCCACAGGUCAUUCCACUGUGGAAACUAUUACUCAUCUGACUUCAGCAGGUUCUCCAAGCCAAAAUCUGGAAGGUUCAGGUAUAUCAGAAGAGCCUGAAGAAAUCAAACCAGCUGUAUUUUCAGCUAAUGCAACAGAUAAGGCAACAUUUCUCAGUGAUGUAACAACACCUUCUACUAGUGCUGUAGACAGAAUUCAGCCUACAUCAGCAUCUAAACCUUUUAUUACUCAAAAGUCACCACCUAUCAUUCCUGGGGAAGAAGAGGAGGUAACAAGCAAUGACAUCAUCAUAAUUGAUGAAUCUAUUUCUCCCAGUAAAACCACUGCUGAUGACGAUUUGGCAGGAAAGAUGUUAGAACCAGAAAUCGAUAAGGAAUAUUUCACAGCAUCAACUGCUACUGCAGUUGCCCGACCUACGGCACCACCCAAAGUGAAGGAGGCCACAGAGGCUUUGCAACCUCAAGAGGUGUCUCCUUCUACUUCACACCCUGAUAGUGGAAAUGACAUAAGAUUGUAUGUUAUUCAAAUCACAGGCAAUGAUACAGAUCAUCCGGUGAAUGAAUUUUUGGAUCUGUUCAGUCGCCACAUUCUUCCUCAUGCAAUACAUGAACCCCACACUGAUGCAGAAUCAGCUCAGACUGAACCCUGUACUUCAGACUCUGAGCAGGAUUUGUCUGAAUAUAUAAUAUUGGAUCCUUUUAUAGAGUUUGAAGAAGAGGAAGACUGUGAAAAUACUACUGAUGUUACAACUCCUCCAGCUUUGCAGUUCAUCAAUGGAAAGCAACAAGUUACUAGUGCACCUAAGAGCACAAAAGCUGAGGAAGCCAGAAGUGACCAAAUUGAAAGCCUUGCACAUUCCAAAAAUGUAACCUUUUCUCAAAUCAAUGAAACAAACACAUUUAUAAUACCUGAAACAGAAGCUUCUGGUACUAUGCAACCAAGCAAAGCUGGAGAAGUAAUAGGGGCAUUUGAAGUCACACAACCAACAGCAGAUGUUGCAAUGUUAGAACCUGUUUAUAGUGGUGAGUCAGAAGUGGUGUCCACAACAGAUAAAUCAAUAGCCAUUACUUCUUCCUAUGAACAGUCUCUGCAAACAAGUAAAGAGACCAUGACAUGGCAUGGAACUGAGGAGAGCUCAACUAAAGAAACAAAAAACUUGCUCUUGAUUAGUAGUGAAUCUUCUGGAGAUGGCUCCACUGAAUCUGAUUUAUCCAGUUCUGUCUUCUUAGAAAAUGUAACACUGCCAAGAAAGGACGAUGACGAAAAAAGUUCUGGCAUAAUUUCUGCUCCUGAUGCAUUUACUGUGGAAAGUUCUCUUGUAACUGCUUCCCUGGAUGCAGUUUUUAGUACUGCUACAGUAGGCAUAGGUGUGAAAGACAUUAUUCCUGAAGAGGCAACCACUGCCCCAGGAGAUCAUUACAAAUCAACUACAAAACUUCAUGCAAAUUCCCCUGUUGAAAAUCUUUUGGAAACAAGUAGUCAUACAUCAAAGCCUGAGAUAUAUGCUUCUUCUUUUAUAGUUCAAGAAGGCUCUGGAGAUGUAGAAGAGGACAUCACUGUAACUUCAGCCAUGACAUUAGAAGCAGCAGUAACAGAAACACUUUCAAUACAAGAUAGUUCUUUGAGCUCAGACACAGUAUUGCCAUCAGAAAUUUCUGCAACUGCCUCAGGAAUCACCUCUGCUUUGCCCAGAGGAAUAAGCACUCUUUAUCCUGCUUUUGAUCAAAGUUCUGCAGUAACUGUUGCCACCAAUUCUGUGUCUGAGCUUAUUAUGGAAGAAGUAGUUGCCAGCUCUCUUGUAACUGAAAAGAAUAUUGAUGAUGAAAAAGAAACACAGACCACUGUUUAUUCAAGCCAGGAAAAUUCAGCUACUGCUGCAGAAGGAAAUUCAGAGAUAAGUGAACCUUGGAGCACUACUACUGAAGUCAGAACUGUAAGUCAAGAGCCCACUCUGCUCAGAAGAAAUGUACUGGUAACAGGUACCAUGACUUCUGAAAUCAAAAAAGUCACCAGCAUUCCUCUCUUGAGAGAGAAAGUUUUUGUAAAUGAAGGAUCAGCAGAAGAACCAGCAGAUAUAUUUUCAGGGGGUCCCACAAGAAAAGUGGUAAGUACUGACUCCCCAUUUAUUGAUUCAGGUUCUGGAGACAUAGAUGCUAUCACUGAGUCUGCUACUUUGACUUCAGUUCCAUUAAGGCCUGUCACUGAAAUACAGAUAGAUAAGCUUGAAGGAAAAGUUGACAGCAUAGAUGAUCCUUUACCGAAGAAUGCAACAACAGAAUACGAAGAACAUGCAAGAACAGAUGAAUUUGCAACACCAGUUUCAAGUACUGUGUCAAAUGGCUUGACAAAGGAAUCCGUAGGAGCAAGUCAGAUGCCACAGGAUGUGUUCAGUACAGGAAACCCAGGAGAACAAACCCAGGAAGCAGAACCAACUUACACAGCUCUUUCUGAAGUAAAAUCUAGUCCUGGUCCUAGAAGAGAGGUGAUAUCUCAUGCUGCACCAGGAGUUAAAACUGAAGAAACAGAAGAGGUCACGUCGUCUCCCGAAUCAGUCAGUAGUUACAGCCCCCAGGGCAUCAUGGUGACACAUGGUACUGGCAGUGUAAAUACAGCAGCUGAAUCUGCGGAAACCAAAAAUGCAAAACUCAGUUCUUCAACUGUCUCAUUGGGCAAGAUUCUGCUGAUCGAGCAUGGCUCUGGAGAAGAAUUCAAAGAUGACAGCAGCACCACAAAACUAGUGUCUAAUGGACCAACCAAAGAAAUACUUGGAAAUCAUUUCUCAUUUAUUGAUCAGGGAUCUGGUGAAGCCGACACAUUCAUUGAAGCAUUUGUAAAAACAGCUGUUUCACCUACUGGGAAACCAGAAACACAAGAGAAGUAUGGCAGAAAAGUUAUCAGCACACCAUCUGUGGAUCAUGGCUUCACUACCAGACCUGAUGAUCUCGUCACAAGUGCUGAACAGGAAGUAACCACAUUGGGAACUGUAACUGACAUAAGAACAGAAGAGAAAACAAUUGAUGAACUGACAGUGAGAGCUUUUUCUACAAACAUUCCUUUAGUGGAAGAUAUACAUUCUGGGGAAGAUAGGCCAAUAGAAAUCUCACCAAAAUCUGUAGAAUAUUCUGAAGAUACAACAACACACCCAUUCUUUGAAAGUACACAGGCUAACCAUGAACAUUCGGGAUUUUUAAGUGUUCCGACCGUCAGUUGGUAUUCAGAAGAAAAGGAAUUAGAAACUGAAUCCAUUAAAAAAAUACUAUUGCCAUUUAAUGAUGACAGAGUAACCGAGCCUGUAAAGAUUGAGAGGAAAUACAUAAGCUCUCCAGUUACAGUUCUAGAGCAAGAGAAUGAGCUUGUACAAAAUGUGUUCCCUACAAAAGAUAUUCCCAGAUCACUCCUAACACCAAGAGAAGAAAACCUAACAAAUAAUGAGCUCACUGGAGAUCCGUUAUUUUCAGGGCAAGGAUCAGGAGAUGACCUUGCUGUUAUUCCUUCUGUAGUAUCAUUGACUGUCAAAGAAAUCAUGAGUACUCCAAGUCCUCAGACUUCUCAUCCUGCAGAUAUGGGACUCAAACUUUCAACUAACAAGACGCAAGACUUUGAAAAAGAAAGCACUGAACCAAACACUGAAGUUAGUGAAGAAGUCACAAGUGCUGUAACUGAGCUGCUGUCAGAAACAGAUCCGUUCCUCAGCUCAGUGAUCACCAGUUCCCCAGGUUUAGCAGAAGAGAGUUCCAGAAGCUUCAUCUCAAAAGAGGUUAAAGACAUGACACAUUAUCUUGUUCUGACUGAAGAACCUCAUAAUAAGGAAACUAAGAGAGACAGAAAUGAAACAGAUGAGGCAUCAACUACUUCUAAAGGACUUUCUCAAGAGGAAACUUCACAUUUGUUGGUUCAAGAUGGGGUAACUCCUGUUUCUGUGAUACUGAGUGGAACUCCUAGUCUUGAAACAAAAGAAUCAUUUUUAAUGUCAACAACAAAAAUGCCAGACAGGGUAUUACCUGAAAGCUCUGGAGAAGGAUCUGGCUGGGUGGGUGUUUUGGAUUCAUCUUCUCCUGAUAUGUUUACCCGUUUGUCAAUACCCCCUUUGUCAAAGGUAGAACUAAAUGCUUCAUCUAGUGUUUCUAGGGAAGGUUAUUCUGAAGUUAUGACAACAGAGACACCGAUAAAUGGGUCACAGACUGUGAUCACAGGACUAGCACCCCUUUUUACAGAAGAAAAAGAGAUUGUGGCCAAUCCACCUGUUGUUCAACCAAAGACAACUUCAUCAGAAGAACUAACAAGUGAUACUGGGAUAUAUGAGAAAAUUAUUCCCAUUUUUGAUGAUAAAAGAAGUGUUAUAUUGAACGUUUCUGUUUAUGGUGAUAUUACGCUAAUUGAAGAACGACUUCAAAUCCCACCAGAAAAAACGACGAUUAUAGACAUGGAUCACUCAAAAUCAAUGCCUGAAGAUAUUAUAGCCGUACAGACAAUGCCAAAUCUUGUCAUGCAAUCUACAUAUGGUGGUGACGACAGCAUGACUGCAGACGGGGAGAAAUAUGAUUCAACAUCUGAAAUUUCCAUAAACAAAGGGAACACACUUGGAUCUGAUGAUAGUCUUUCUUUGACCACCCGUCAACCAAGUAGUGAAUCAGUAACAACCAGAUACCGACCAAAAUCAGAUGACAAGGAUUUGGGUUCAGGGAAUGCCAUGAAGUUUGUAACAGAAACUCUCAUCACUACAGAGCUCUCUGAACAAGACAUUUUCCUUCCCACGGUACCAUCACUAGCAAGUCCUCACGUGCCUCCUGAGUCUAAAAAUGUUGUAACAAGUAAAACAGAAGACACCUACGAGCUGAAUACUUCAGCGAAUAACCAAAUAAUAGAUCAAAAUGAAACAAUCUCUGUCUCUGGCUUUUCUGGAAUGGGCCAAGAAGAGCUGGAUAAUAAGCAGCAUGUGCUUCCUUCUCUUACACCAGUUUUAACUACUGAGACAGAAAAGGUUUUAACAACAGACAUGUUUGAUGUAAGUACUGUCACCACACAGCGUACUUCCCAGCUGACAACUGUAUCAACUAGCAAGAAUGAAGAAAAGCACACUACAGUAUACACAAACACAAAAUCAGCAUCAGCAGAAUAUGAAGAAACAGACUCAGCAAGCUUUUAUUCUGUGCCUGAAACUCCUAAAUCCUCAGUAACUGUCCAGUUAGUUAAUGGAGUAUCUGAGUAUCCUGAGGUAAUCAUUCCAAGUACAUCACCAUCAAAGGAUUCAGAUCAGUCCAAUUAUUCAUCAGAAGGAACUUUCAAAGAGGUUAGUUCUGAUAUUGCAGCAACAUAUAAACCACCCACCACAGACCUUCUCGGCAGAACAGAGUCUUCUCUGCUGGAGUUUUCUCCCAAGCCUGUUUCAGAAAGCAGAACUACUGAAAGUACUCCUCACCUUAAUGGGCUUGUAACAGACAGGACAGAGGAGACCGAAACCUCUGUGACUGAUUUGGCUGCUGGGGAAGAAGCUACUGUUUCUGGAGAUUCUCCAUCAAUACAUGUCUUGCCUACUGCUUUUCUAAAUUCUGGAGAAAUAGUGAGCACAGAUAUUCCAACAGUUAGCACAAUGAAAGCUGGAGAUUCCUCAGAGAGAGUGAACAACCCCCAUCAAGAAGAUGGCAGGAGUACUGAAAGAGAGAUCCCAUGGCUUUUUUCCACACCAGUUUCAGAUUCACCCAACAGUAUUGGAAGUGAAGUAUUUAAACCUGACCAGGAAGCAGUUACGAUGCUAGUUUCAUCUUCACAACCUUUGGAUAGAAGCGUGGAAACACAAUCAGGGAUUUUUGGUCAAGAGGAGAUCACAACAACUUCUUCUAACAUUGCAACAAACAGCAUUGCCCCUGGAAUCAGUCCCUAUCAAAAUAAGCACUCAACGAUCAGCUCUGAGGAGCCAAAUACUUUUGAACUUGUAACUUCAUCGUUUUCUCUUCCGGAAGUCACUAAUGGAUCAGAUUUCCUGAUUGGCACCAGUGUGGGUUCAGUUGAAGGCACAGCAGUGCAAAUUCCAGGCCAAGAUCCAUGCAAAAGCAAUCCCUGCCUUAAUGGUGGCACCUGCUACCCACGCGGAUCGUUCUACAUUUGUACUUGUUUGCCAGGUUUCAGUGGCGAGCAGUGUGAAUUAGAUAUUGAUGAAUGCCAGUCUAACCCAUGCCGGAAUGGAGCCACGUGUAUAGAUGGCCCCAAUACUUUUGCUUGCUUGUGUCUGCCAAGCUAUGUAGGUGCCCUCUGUGAACAAGACACGGAGACAUGUGAUUAUGGCUGGCACAAGUUCCAAGGACAGUGCUACAAAUACUUUGCCCACCGGCGCACGUGGGACACGGCUGAAAGGGAGUGUCGUCUGCAGGGAGCACACUUGACAAGCAUCUUGUCUCAUGAGGAGCAGAUCUUUGUGAACCGUAUUGGGCAUGACUAUCAGUGGAUUGGCCUCAACGACAAGAUGUUUGAGCGAGAUUUCCGCUGGACUGAUGGUAGCCCACUG